AUGAGCAACAUGAUAUUCUUCUUAGUGAUGUUGUUUUCAACUACUGUUACAAGCCAUAGUGUUGAUGGCAAUGAUAUUACUUUGAAAGAAGAAUUUGAGUUGGAGAGACAUCUAAAGCUUAUUAAUAAGCCUCCUAUCAGAAGUAUUGAGACAGAGUUUGGAUACAUAGUUGAUUGUGUUGAUAUUAAAAAACAACCUGCAUUUGAUCAUCCGUUAUUAAAGAAUCAUAAAUUACAGAUGCGACCAAGUUUUUAUUCAAAAAAUGAGGAAAAAAAUUUGAAUAUUUCAUCAAUUAAAACUAGAUUUAGACCUGACAUAGUCGAUUGUCCUAAAGGAUCUGUUCCAAUACGAAGAACAACAAAAGAAGAUCUCAUUUGUGCUAAAAUUUUAUUGAAUAAUUCUACUUUGGUUAAACGCGAAGCUCAUACAGCGGAAGUAUAUGUUCGUGGAGGACAUUAUUAUGGCGUAAGGGGAACUACUAGUGUUUAUAAACCAGAGUGUAGUAUUAAUCAAGCUAGCAUGUCUAAUGCGUAUGUCCGCAAUGGAGAGGGCGGCGCUGUUAAUGAAAUUAGUGUUGGAUGGCAUGUAUUUCCCCAUUUAUAUGGUGAUGAUCGCUCAUAUAUUUAUGCAACAUGGACGUCAGAUGAUUAUGUUAAGACAGGAUGCUACAAUUUACAAUGUCAAGGUUUUGUUCAAAUCCACGGUAAAUAUUACCUUGGUGUACCUAUACGAUCAGUAUCUGUUUACGGUGGAGAAAUAUAUGAGAUGCCAGUUGCUAUUUAUCAAGACGCCAAAUCUAAAAAUUGGUGGCUAUCCAUUUUAAAUGAAACAAUAGGAUAUUAUCCACAAGAAUUAUUCAACAACUUAAAAGAAGCUGCUCAAGUGGGAUGGGGUGGAGCGACAAUAGCUAUGGGUGAUCCUAGCCCUAAAAUGGGAUCUGGAUACUUUCCUGAUAAGAACUUUGCACAUGCAUGUUAUUUUCUAAAUAUUGGAUAUAAAAAUGCAACUAAUUCUCAAUAUUAUGGACCUAGUUAUUAUGCAGCAAGAGUUUUCAAUGAUGUUCCUAAGUGCUUUGGAGUUGAGUACUAUGGUAGACAACCAAACCCGUAUGGAUAUUGUCUUCAAUUUGGAGGACCGGGUGGCAAAUGUGGCUAUUAA